AAAUUUUUAGCAAUACGGACAAAAAACUUAUCGAGUCCCAGUCCAAAUGCAUCUGGUAAGUCGAGUCCGUGCCCAAGUUUUUCUGGUACUAUAGAUGAAGGAAUAUUGGCAAUAUCACCGUGUAAAAGAAUCGACAUUAAAACCAAUAUACCGUUAACCAGCAAACCAAUAGCGAAAGAUCAAAGCCCAAAAAGUCCUCGCCUACAUAUAAACGCUAAAGCAUCGACGUCUGAACCCAACACAAAUGGCUUAUCGCACAGUAUUGAAAAUACCAUUGAGACUGAACUCAUAAAAAUACCCGAAGAAACACAGCACAUCACAUGGAGCGAUUUAGUUGAACAAGACGAAUCUCAAGGAGCUAUCCCACAUCACGUUCAACAACAACAAACAACUGAAAAUAUACUCGAACCAGAGCCUAUUUUGACAUUUGAUCAGUAUAGCCAAACUAGUGGAUUUAUUGACGAAUACUUAACAUUAGCACAAUGGCGAGAUAAAUAUGAAAACAAUCAAAUCAUUGAAAAUACUGUUGGGACGCCAACAGGGAACGCAGUUUCACAUACAAAAAAAACUCUCGAUGAAAUGGAAAAUAUGUUUAUGAAAAGAAAUUCAAAUCAGCCAAGCAAUCUUGUCCAAUCUUCGUUUGACCUUUCAAAAGAAAAUACAUUAAAACCAAAAAGUACCAUUGUUGAAAAGUCGACCAAAAAAUUGGCUCUUCCAGAAGAAAAAAGAGUUAAAACUGGUACUCAAUUGAAAUAUUCAAAUGUCGUGGUCCGACCAUUAUCUGUAACAAAACCGAAUAGUUUACCAAAAGCAACAACAAAUCGAUUACAUACAAAACCAACAGUUAAUGUCAUCGGACGAUCAUCUUCUACUCAGAAUAUCGCCACAAAUGCUAAUUUGAUACGAAAACCAUUUCCAAUUACAACAAUGAAUAAAUCGAAAGUUUUUCCACAAAAAGAAACACUUUUGAGAGAUUCAGACAGACGAAGUGUCAGAGCUACUGUACAACGCUCAAAUGGAAUUUCCGGUGUUCCAUCAAAUAUUUCAUCACGCUUGGCAGCUCGUUCUAAGACAAUGAUCGAUCUGCAUAAAACACCAACCGCUAAUGAAAACACGAUGUCACGGGUUAGCAUGGAUAAAUUGCACGUUCGCAAAUCAGAACCUCGUUCGAUUUUGACCCGAACGGAAGAUGAUGAGGGGUGGUUGACUGUAAAAGCCCGACGCCGAUCAAGUUUACAUUGGUCGAAUCGAUUCAAUCAGCCAUCAGGCUAUGCCAGUUUACCAACACUAACUUUACUUAAUGAAAAAGAACCAUCAAAGGUAAAAAAUAACAAAAAGGUCAUCAAAACAGUCGAAACGGAAACAAACGUUGCUUCAUCAGUCACUAAAGGUGCAAAUAUCGAACCCAUGUCCAAAUUCAAGAACCAAGCAAAUGUUGAACGUUCUGAACUAAAAUCCAAAAUGCUGAAUGCUAAAGACGCAGAAAAACCAGAAUCGAUCAUUUCGCGCGCAACAAUUUUACAGCGUCAGCGUUCCGAUAUCACUGGAAUAAAACUGAAUAAUUUACGUAAGGAGUAUUUUAAGAAACUUAAGGAACAUUUGAAGAAAAAUUCAUCAACAAAAGAACAAACGAAUGAAAAAUUAGAUAUAUUACCAACAUUGUAUGCAAGUUGCCUUGAAAGUGAAACGUUAAAUAUUGAAAUGAACAAACGAGAUGCCGAAAGUGAUAAUGAAACUGAAAGUGAUGAAAAUCAACGGAAAUUGCUUGAAGAAGAAGAAUGCUUAGAGCGUCAAAUUUUUGAAUUGCAAAAUACGGAAAUUGAUGUGGAUACAGAGAUCGAUGAUGCGGAAUGUGAUAGUGAAGGUGAACUCGAACAAUGUGAUGAAAAUAUGACCUUAGAAGCAAAAUAUCAACAUUUAUUAUCCGAUUUGUCAACUGGUGAACGAAUUCAAACCCUUGCCACAUUACAAGCUUUCGUCUCCCGUCAUCCAGGGGUGAAUGCAAUGUUGCACCAAAAAUUAUCAAGUCCAUCGCACAGAUCAUUGACCGAAAUUUUAAAAAAAUAUCAAGAGAAACAACAACGUGCGAGAGAUAUGCGCGAAAUAUUAAGCAGAGAAAAAACAUUAAAAUUACAAGCAUUAUUGGCUCGCGUUGAAGAUGUAAAAAUUGCAAAACAAAAACUCAUUGAAGAAAAGAGGCAACGAAUGGAUUUCAAACUACUAAAGGCUGCAGAAAAUCGAAAUCAAUACCUUAAGCAUAAAAUUCGUAAAGCACACGAUGAAGAAGAAAAAUUGAAGGAAAUUGCUUUUAUCAAGAGCCUAGAGGCUCAAAAUAAACGUUUAGAUUUGAUGGAACUAAGAAAAGAAGAGCGACAACGUUUACAAGAUUUAGAAACAGAACGACAAAAGCGAAUGCAAGAAAAAGUUGCGAAAGAGGCCGCUGUUGAAAAAAGGAGGUAACGGCCUUAGAUAUGAUAAUUCAUGAUUUUUUAUCGAUCACAACAAAAAUAAAUAGGAACUUACAUCCAUAAGUCUAACUUUGCC